CCGAGCGGUCCUGGGAUAGCGAUGGAGACGCCCGGAGCAUCGUCCCGGGUCCUGUCGCUUCCUGCCGCGUCCGGGCCCCGGAGGAAGCGCGCGGCAGGGGAGGCCCGGGCUGCGACGAGCAAGCAACGGGUCCUGGACGAAGAAGAGUACAUCGAGGGCCUCCAGACAGUCAUCCAGAGGGACUUCUUUCCUGAUGUGGAGAAGCUGCAGGCUCAGAAGGAGUAUCUGGAGGCUGAGGAGAAUGGAGACCUGGAACGGAUGCGUCAGAUCGCCAUCAAGUUUGGCUCUGCCCUGGGCAAGAUGUCCCGAGAGCCCCCACCACCCUAUGUGACUCCAGCCACAUUUGAAACCCCUGAUGUGCACACAGGCACCGGAGUGGUGGGCAACAAGCCCCGGGGCCGGGGCCGAGGCCUGGAGGAGGGUGAUGGAGAGGUUGGCGAGGAGGAAGAGAAGGUGCCCCUGCCCAGCCUGGAUGUUUUCCUGAGCCGGUACACAAGUGAGGACAACGCCUCCUUCCAGGAGAUCAUGGAGGUGGCCAAGGAGAAGAGCCGGGCACGCCACACGUGGCUCUACCAGGCCGAGGAGGAGUUUGAGAAGAGGCAGAAAGAUAAUCUUGCACUUCCGUCGGCAGAGCACCAAGCCAUCGAGAGCAGCCAGGCCGGCGUGGAGACCUGGAAGUACAAAGCGAAAAAUUCCCUCAUGUACUACCCAGAGGGUGUCCCUGAUGAAGAGCAGUUGUUUAAGAAGCCGAGGCAGGUGGUGCAUAAGAAUACUCGCUUCCUCAGGGAUCCCUUCAGCCAGGCCCUGAGCAGGUCCCAACUGCAGCAGGCUGCCGCCCUCAAUGCCCAGCACAAACAGGGCAAGGUAGGCCCUGACGGCAAGGAGCUGAUCCCCCAGGAUUCCCCACGAGUGGGCGGAUUUGGAUUUGUUGCAACCCCCUCUCCUGCCCCUGGUGUGAACGAGUCGCCGCUGAUGACCUGGGGGGAAGUUGAAAACACUCCCUUGAGAGUUGAAGGAUCUGAAACCCCCUACGUGGACAGGACGCCAGGGCCAGCCUUCAAGAUCCUGGAGCCUGGCCGCAGGGAACGGCUGGGGCUGAAGAUGGCCAACGAGGCCGCCGCCAAGAACCGAGCCAAGAAGCAAGAGGCCUUAAGGAGAGUGACGGAGAACCUGGCCAGCCUCACCCCCAAAGGCCUGAGCCCAGCCAUGUCCCCAGCCCUGCAGCGCCUUGUGAGCAGGACGGCCAGCAAGUACACAGACCGGGCCCUGCGGGCCAGCUACACCCCAUCUCCAGCACGCUCGACCCACCUCAAGACCCCAGCUGGUGGGCCUCAGACCCCCACGAGCACACCGGCUCCUGGCUCUGCGGCACGCACCCCCCUCAGCCAGGACCCAGCCUCCAUCACGGACAACCUGCUGCAGCUCCCUGCCCGGCGCAAAGCCUCAGACUUCUUCUAGGGUCAGGCCCGGGCCAGGCCUACGGAAGCUCCACUCGGCAGAGGACUCCGGCCUUCUGGGGACCCAGGCCCGGGCCAGAAAUGGUGACUGUCCCAGGAGCCACCGAAAAGAGGCCCGCUGGCACGAGACUUGCCCCCACGGCCCUCAGGGUAUAUCCCAGGGCCUUGUUGAUACUGUUUUCUAUAUAACCCCUGCCUGUUUCUAUCUAGUUGUGAUUAAAGAGCACGUAAGCACAGUC